CAGCGGGUUUUAUAUUUCCCCUCGGGGCCGGCGGCCCUUUCCUUUCCCGGCCGGCGCGGCAAGAUGGCGGUGCAGAUCUCUAAGAAGCGCAAGUUUGUCGCGGAUGGUAUCUUCAAAGCCGAACUGAAUGAGUUUCUGACUCGUGAACUGGCCGAAGAUGGGUACUCCGGAGUAGAGGUCAGAGUGACUCCAACCAGGACUGAAAUUAUCAUCCUGGCUACCAGAACUCAGAAUGUUCUGGGUGAAAAAGGUCGCCGUAUCCGUGAGCUGACAGCUGUUGUGCAGAAGAGGUUUGGCUUUCCUGAGGGAAAUGUUGAGCUCUAUGCUGAGAAGGUGGCCACAAGAGGUCUGUGCGCUAUUGCCCAAGCAGAGUCACUGCGCUACAAACUUUUGGGAGGCUUAGCAGUGCGCCGAGCCUGCUAUGGUGUCCUCCGCUUCAUCAUGGAGAGCGGUGCCAAGGGUUGCGAGGUGGUUGUGUCUGGCAAGCUCAGAGGCCAGCGAGCCAAGUCCAUGAAGUUUGUGGAUGGCCUGAUGAUCCACAGUGGAGACCCUGUAAACUACUACGUUGAUACAGCCGUGCGCCACGUCCUUCUCAGGCAGGGUGUGCUGGGUAUCAAAGUAAAGAUCAUGCUGCCUUGGGACCCAAGUGGGAAGAUUGGCCCCAAGAAGCCCCUGCCAGACCAUGUCAGCAUUGUGGAACCCAAAGAAGAGAUCUUGCCCACCACACCCAUCUCGGAGCAGAAAGGUAGCAAACCAGAACAGCCAGCUAUGCCUCAGCCAGUUCCCACAGCCUAGGGGGUUUGUCAGCACCUGGAAUGAGAAGCUUGACUGCAGCCAGUGGAAGUCUCAUAAUAAAAUGAUAAAAGACCAUC